AUGUAUCAACUGUACCAAGAAAAGAAGGGUUUGAUAUCACUAAAUCAUCUAACAGUCCUCAAAUCUCAUUUCUCAAUUACAGUAUCACUCGCACAACAAAGUGUGGUCAUUGUUGAGCCCACAGAGCUGCAACACACGCACAACUUGAAACACUACUCCGCUUUGCCCCUCAGCACAAUGCCUAAAUUAGAGGUCGCGCACAGCAACAUCAACAAGACACCUUCUUUCACCAGUAUUGGAAGUGGUGGAGGUGGUGUUGGCGGUGGUGAUCACGAGGUGAAACCACGAGAUCACGAGAAAGCUGAUCACCCCCUGAAAGAUGAAAAGCCCAACAACAAACGACCCCCGCGCACUCAUCGUCGUCCCCAGCGCCAGAAAAAACAGCUUGAUAAGCAAACAGAACAACAACAGCAGCAGCAACAACAACAACAACUGCAACGGCCGUCUAGACAGCUGAAAGUGAAUGCAGACGUGAAGAAAACUGAUGCUAUCACCUCCAGUGCAAAGGACUUUGACUCACUGAAUACAACUACAACUACAACCGCCACCACCACCGCCACUUCGACGCCUUCAAGGCCUGCACGAGGAGGACAUCCACUGGGGCACAAAAGUCCGGUUAAAAUGGCGAUAACUACCACCUCCUCAGGCAGUCCACUUUCGAUGGGAGUUCACGGUGGAGGAGUAGGCAACAGCAGUCGAGGUGGUGGUGAUGGCGAUGAUUGUCGAACUGGUGAAAUGGGAGUUGGUGGUCAUCUUCAGUCGAACUAUCCCACUUUUGCUCAUCCUUCAAUGCAACAGCAGCAACAACAGUCGUUUCUUCAGUGGCCACCACCGCCGUACCAUCCGUUCUACAGCAAGGCGGCCAGCUUCCAGUACCGAAACCAGACGCACCAGUCCAAGG